GGCUCCCCUGUGUUCUUCGCACCCGAGCAGUUCACCAGCAGCUACAGCCUUGUGGUGGAUGAGUGGGCGGCGGGUGUCAUGCUGUAUCUGCUGCUGACCGGCCGGUAUCCCUUCUGGGACCGCACGCGGGAGGACCUGGACAAGUCCCUGCCGGCCGCACCCAUCGGCUUUGGCGGCUCUGAGUGGCGCGACAUUUCACGGGAGGCUCGGGACCUGGUGGGCAUGCUGCUGGACCGUAACCCCACCACGCGUCUCACCGCUGACCGGGCUCUGCAGCACCCGUGGUUU